AUAAAUAUUACAAUAAAAACUCAUAACUCUAAAGUGAAAAUUUUGUUAUCUGUUGUAAAACUUGAAACAUUUUUCUCUUUAUAUUUUUCAUUUAUCUCUUCAAUAAGAUUUUGUUUUUUAUUUCUACUAAGUCUUUCAAUUCUUUUUUGUAUCAUAAGGUAUUUUUGUGUUGCUAAUUGUCUUUUUCAGCUUUUACUUAUAAAGAUGGCUGCUGAACGAUCAAAACGAUGCAAUGCAGGAAACCGAAUGAGCAAGUUGAUUGAGGAGCAAGUAGAAGAUGAAGAUGAUGAAUUUUACAACACAAUGUAUGGGGGGUUCAAUGAAGAUGAUGAUGAUGGAGUUUAUGAAGCUCCAGAGGACCAAGAAGAAGAUUUUGUUGAUUCUGAUUUUAGUUUGUCAGAGCACGAUGAUGAAAAUAACGAAAGUGGUGAAGAUGAAACAAAAAAAGUCAGGAAAAGAGUCAAACCAAAAGUUUUUAAACAACCUGAGGUUGUCCAUGUAAAAAAACCAUCAGUGAAAAAAGUCAAUGUAACAGCCACUUCUCAAGAAAAACGAGAACGAAUGCGUCUAUCUACCUUGACCAAAUCUGAAGCAUUAUGUAAAAGACAAAAAGAAACAGUUAUGCGAAAUCCACGACAAAUGCUUACACAAAUGAGGCGUUUAACUCAACAGGAGCUCCUUGCUGAGGCUAAAAUCACAGCGGAAAAAAAUCUUGCCUCUCUUGCACAGUUUUUAAAGUUAGAAGAAGAAAAGAAGCAUAUAAAAAUAAGCAAGGUUCGCUAUCAGGGUCCAAUUAUUCGUUACCAAUCAGUUCGUAUGCCUUUGGACGAAACCAAUAACGAAUAUUGUUCUAGAAACUUUCUUGAAUUUACCGAUACAAACAAUUUUCCCCGCGAAUAUUUUCCGAAUAGUCGCAAGAAAUAUCCUGCUAAAAGUGUUUGCAUUGUAACUGGUCAGCCAGCAAAGUAUAAAGAUCCUUUAACUGGUUUACCUUACGCAAAUAUAGAGGCUUUUAAAUAUAUACGUCAGCAAAGAAAACGUAUACAUGACGAUUUACUUACUAAACUAGAAGCAAAAAAAAAGAAAAAAAUUUUAUGAUAAUGCUAUCGUGAAUGAAAAAGUUAUAAUUUAAAUAAAAACCUGAAAAUGAAAUUAUAAUUUAAAAUAUUUCUUUCUAAUAAAAA